GCUAGAAGCUGUUAGGGAAUCCUAAAAAUGAUUUGAACGUGGGAUAAAAUAUUCUCAUAAUCCAGCUAGCUGCAGAAAUGUUAACCCAUUACGCCAAUAUACAAGUUAAACAAAUUAUUAUAUUGAAUUGGUCUCUUAUGACAGCUCUCCUCCACUUUUCAGUAUAAAUAGUUGGGGUCCUGAACCCCCAGUCAUCAAUCCAACGAAACUCUUUGUCCUUUCUUCCCCAUCUCCAUCUCCAUCUUGGGAGGGGGGAAAAAAAAAAAGUGAGAAAGAAGCUGCCCUAUACAGUGGCCGCCGGGGCUCAGUUUUCCGGCAACUGAUGAGAAUCCGACACGGCAACGACCCCAACUGGGGUCGUGUUUGGCCGCAUGUGAUCGUGGCCGUGCUUGUUCUUUCUAGCAAUGUAGGUUCAGUCCUUGCUGAUUCUUAUAGUUAUUCCUCUCCUCCGCCGCCUUCUCCGUCACCGCCACCUCCUUAUGAGUACAAAUCCCCACCACCACCCUCUCCUUCUCCACCACCGCCCUAUGAGUAUCAGUCGCCACCGCCACCAUCACCUUUACCGUCGCCGACCUACGAGUACAAGUCACCUCCACCACCCUCUCCUUCUCCGCCACCACCUUAUGAGUACAAAUCGCCACCACCGCCAUCACCUUCUCCACCACCACCUUAUGAGUACAAAUCACCACCACCGCCAUCACCUUCUCCACCACCUCCUUAUGAGUACAAAUCACCACCCCCGCCUUCUCCAUCUCCACCGCCACCAUAUGAGUAUAAGUCGCCGCCGCCGCCGCAGUCACUGCCGCCUUAUGAGUACAAAUCACCACCGCCGCCCUCUCCAUCUCCACCACCACCUUACGAGUACAAGUCACCGCCGCCACCAUCACCAUCUCCGCCACCUCCUUACAAGUACAUAUCACCGCCACCACCAUCUCCAUCUCCACCACCACCGUAUGAGUAUAAAUCACCACCGCCGCCGUCGCACCCACUGCCCCCUUAUGAGUACAAAUCACCACCGCCACCUUACGAGUAUAAGUCACCGCCACCACCAUCACCGUCUCCGCCACCUCCUUACAAGUACAUAUCACCACCACCACCAUCUCCAUCUCCACCACCUCCCUACGUGUAUAAGUCACCACCACCACCACAUUCGCUGCCUCCAUACGAGUACAAAUCACCACCGCCACCAUCUCCAUCUCCACCACCUCCCUAUGAGUAUAAGUCGCCACCACCACCACCAAUACAUCCCCUACCACCUUACGAGUACAAAUCACCACCGCCGCCAUCACCUUCUCCGCCACCUCCUUACGAGUACAAAUCACCGCCACCACCAUCUCCAUCUCCACCACCACCGUAUGAGUAUAAAUCACCACCGCCACCGUCGCACCCACUGCCCCCUUAUGAGUACAAAUCACCACCGCCGCCCUCUCCAUCUCCACCACCACCUUACGAGUAUAAGUCUCCGCCGCCACCAUCACCGUCUCCGCCACCUCCUUACAAGUACAUAUCACCACCACCACCAUCUCCAUCUCCACCACCUCCCUACAUGUAUAAGUCACCACCACCACCACAUUCGCUGCCUCCAUACGAGUACAAAUCACCACCGCCCCCAUCUCCAUCUCCACCACCUCCCUAUGAGUAUAAGUCGCCACCACCACCACCAUUACAUCCCCUACCACCUUACGAGUACAAAUCACCACCGCCGCCAUCACCUUCUCCGCCACCUCCUUACGAGUACAAAUCACCGCCACCGCCAUCUCCAUCUCCACCACCACCUUACGUGUAUAAGUCACCACCGCCACCAUCACAUUCACCACCAUUGCCAUAUGUGUACAAAUCUCCGCCCCCACCUUAUGUCUACAAGUCACCACCUCCACCUUCGCCAUCACCACCACCGCCUUACUACUACAAAUCCCCACCACCACCUUCACCCUCGCCACCACACCCAUACUACUACAAAUCCCCACCACCACCUUCCCCGGUGCCACUGCCACCAUACUACUACAAAUCUCCACCACCGCCAUCACCGUAUUAUUACAAGUCUCCGCCACCUCCUUCGCACUCUCCAGCGCCCUACUACUACAAGUCUCCACCGCCUCCUUCGCACUCACCAGCGCCCUACUACUACAAGUCUCCACCGCCUCCUUCGCACUCUCCAGCGCCCUACUACUACAAGUCUCCACCGCCUCCUUCGCACUCACCAGCGCCCUACUACUACAAGUCUCCACCGCCUCCUUCGCACUCACCAGCGCCCUACUACUACAAGUCUCCACCGCCACCUCCGCCUCAUCCUCACCCCCACCACCACCCACUGAUAGUUAAGGUGGUCGGAAAAGUUUACUGCUACAGAUGCUACGAUUGGGAACACCCCAAGGAAUCACACGACAAGAAACACCUCAAAGGUGCUGUUGUGGAAGUGACGUGCGAGGCAGGUGAGAAGCAGAUCAAGGCAUAUGGAACAACAAAGAUCAACGGCAAAUACAGCAUUACCGUGGAAGGCUUUGACUAUGGGAAGCACGGAGCCAAGGCGUGCAAGGCCAAGCUCCACGCCCCACCCAAGGGCUCCCCUUGCAGUAUACCUACUGACCUACACUGGGGCCUCAAAGGAGCCAAGCUAUCUGUGAAGUCCAAGACUGAGGAUGAAGUUGUGUUGCUCGCCAAACCAUUUGCUUAUGCUCCCAAGACCCCUUAUAAGGAGUGCCACAAGCCCAUGCCCACGCCUAAGCCCCAUCCACCUCCCUACUAUUACAAAUCCCCACCUCCACCACCACCCGCUUACUACUACAAAUCCCCACCUCCACCACCCGCUUACUACUACAAAUCCCCACCUCCUCCAGUUUACUACUACAAGUCUCCACCACCACCAUCUUCAUCUCCUCCACCGCCUUAUUACUACAAGUCACCUCCACCACCGGCCCAUCCUACACUUCCACCAUACUACUAUAAAUCACCCCCACCCCCACCGCCAUCUCCCUCUCCCCCACCCCCUUACUACUACAAAUCGCCGCCACCUCCGCCCCCGGUUUAUUAUUACAAGUCGCCACCUCCUCCAGUAUACUACUACAAGUCUCCACCACCACCAUCUUCAUCUCCUCCACCGCCUUAUUACUACAAGUCACCUCCACCACCGGCCCAUCCUACACUUCCACCAUAUUACUAUAAAUCACCCCCACCGCCAUCUCCCUCUCCCCCGCCCCCUUACUACUACAAGUCUCCACCUCCACCUUCACCUUCUCCUCCACCGCCAUAUUAUUACAAAUCUCCACCGCCUCCAUCACUGUCACCCCCUCCACCUUACUAUUACAAGUCUCCACCUCCACCAUCUCCCUCUCCUCCACCACCAUAUUACUAUAAAUCCCCUCCGCCUCCAUCACCAUCACCCCCACCGCCAUAUUACUACAAGUCCCCGCCUCCACCUUCGCCAACUCUGCCAGCCCCUUACUACUACAAGUCUCCUCCACCACCAUCACCAUCUCCUCCACCACCGUACUAUUACAAGUCCCCACCACCACCAUCUCCCUCACCUCCACCACCAUACUACUACAAGUCUCCCCCACCACCAUCACCAUCUCCUCCCCCUCCCUAUUACUACAAGUCUCCACCACCACCAAUGACAUCUCCUCCACCUCCCUAUUACUACAAGUCUCCACCUCCACCAUCGCCAUCACCUCCACCACCUUAUUAUUACAAAUCGCCCCCACCCCCGUCACCAUCUCCUCCUCCACCAUACUACUACAAGUCGCCACCUCCCCCUUCACCAUCUCCUCCCCUAUACCAUUACACAUCACCUCCACCCCCAGCUUACAUCUACACCUCUCCGCCACCUCCAUCGUACCGUUAAGUUCAAAAAGCUUAGCUACCUACCUCCCCCAAUCUUAUAUGCGUUUUUUAAAGAGAAUAAAAGUAUGCUCCAUCGAUGAUAGGGACUACAAACACCAAGUUCCAAGCCAAAGUUCAUUUAAUAAGCACUUCAACACUGCAUUUGGGAGCAUCCAACUUCUUAAAUUAUAUCAAACUCUUUCAACUUCCUUGGUGGCCAUUCUGCACCUUAUGCUUGUUUUAAGUUUAAAUGGGAGUGGGCUGGAACAUAGUAAAAGAAAACAGGAUUAAGAUGUGAUAUUGGAUGUCCACUUACGGCUUGGAAGUGCUUGCUUCUAUUUAUUUCACAUUUUUGUUCUUAUUUUUGGUGGAUUUCUUCAAAUUGGUUGUUGUAUAAAUUAUGUUCUUGAACUUAUAUUUUUUCUGGUCAUUUGUUCGGUCUUGUAUUUUAUUGUCUUUUGUGCACAAAGAUGAUCAACAAUAAAGGAACACAUUUUCUUUCA